GAGUGCGAGGUUAUGGUGUUGCAGUCUAGCGAGAAGGUGAGAGGACAUCAGUGCAUAAAGAGUAGCUAGCAACUUUUUUUUCGCAGUAUCCGCUUGAAUACAGAGCAAGCUAUAAUUUUAAAAGAAGAGUCUGUAUAGUUCGCCGUCUCUCUGAAGAACUAUUCUCGUUGAGAAUGGCUCCAACGAUUCAAACUCAAGCGCAACGGGAGGACGGGCAUCGGAGCUCUUCGCACAGAACUGUGCCUGAGAGGUCCGGUGUGGUCUGUCGUGUCAAGUACUGCAACAGCCUCCCUGAUAUACCAUUCGACCCAAAGUUCAUCACAUACCCUUUUGACCAGCACAGGUUUGUGCAGUACAAAGCCACCUCACUGGAGAAACAGCAUAAACAUGACCUGCUCACAGAGCCAGACCUGGGAGUUACCAUCGAUCUCAUCAACCCAGACACAUAUCGCAUAGACUCUAGCAUUGUGCUGGACCCUGCGGAUGAGAAGCUUCUAGAAGAGGAAAUUCAAGCUCCCACAAGCUCAAAGAGGUCCCAGCAACAUGCUAAAGUGGUCCCAUGGAUGAGGAAGACUGAAUACAUUUCCACAGAGUUUAACAGAUAUGGAGUCUCCAAUGACAAAGUGGAGGUCAAGAUUGGUGUGUCAGUCAAACAGCAGUUCACGGAAGAGGAGAUCUACAAGGACAGAGACAGUCAGAUUGCUGCUAUUGAGAAGACCUUUGAGGAUGCACAGAAAAAUAUUACGCAGCACUACAGUAAACCAAGGGUUACUCCUGUGGAGGUGUUGCCAGUUUUUCCUGAUUUUAAGAUGUGGAUAAACCCGUGUGCUCAGGUCAUCUUUGACUCUGACCCAGCUCCUAAAGAUGUGUCAGGCCCUGUUGGUGUAGAGAUGAUGUCCCAGGCUAUGAUCAGGGGGAUGAUGGAUGAGGAGGGAAACCAGUUUGUGGCCUACUUCCUACCCAAUGAGGAAACGCUGCGCAAGCGAAAGAGAGACCUGGAGGAGGACAUGGACUACAUGCCUGAUGAGCUGUAUGACUAUAAGAUAGCACGGGAAUACAACUGGAAUGUGAAGAACAAGGCUAGUAAAGGCUAUGAAGAGAACUACUUCUUCAUUUUCCGAGAUGGAGACGGUGUCUACUACAAUGAGCUGGAGACCAGGGUGCGUUUAAGUAAGAGGCGUGCGAAGGCUGGAGCUCAGUCCACCACCAAUGCCGUGCUGGUCUGCAAACACAGAGACAUGAAUGAGAAAGAGCUGGAAGCACAGGAAGCCCGCAGGGCUCAACUGGAGAACCAUGAGCCAGAAGAUGAGGAAGAGGACAUGGACAAAGACGCACAAGACUCAGGUGAUGAGAAAGAGAAAGUCAGUGAGAGUGAGAACUCGGGCAGUGGGUCUGACCGGGACGAAGAUGAGGAGGAGGAGGAGGAGGAGGAGGAGGAGGAGGAGGAGGGUGGCGAGGGUCGUGAAAGGAAGGCUAGUGGAAGUGGAGGCGAGAGUGGUGAUGAUCAGCAUGCUCGAGAUGAGGAAGAAAUCUUUGGCAGCGAUGACGAUGACAGUGCUGAUGAUGAGGAAGGGAGACGGAGCGUGAGUGAGGAUGAGGAAGGUGAGGGUGGGAGAAGGAGUGGCAGUGCCUCCCCAGUCCGCAGUUCCGAUGGUGGCCAGCAGAGUGGCAGCGACGCAGCAUCUGACUCGAGUGACCGCAGCGACAGCGAAUGAGGAGGUGCUGACGGCUGGGGGACUACAACUUGCAAAUGUCCUAACUGUCUGCUUUUGAAAAGUACAUGGUGCUCUGUUCAUGGUGGAACAGAGACGGACGACUGAAAAAUGGAUUUCUUUCAUUUGUUUCUUUACCACCACUUUUUUUUCCCCCAUAAAACAUAUUAUUUUCAUUCCAGACAUGAGUGUUUUAAUAGGUGGGGUCUAGUUGAUGAGGAGCUUAAUCAGUGGCUCACAGCUGAUCCAUGGCGCAUGAGGUAAAUCGGGUACAUUAGAGCAGGAUAAACUCAAAACCCAGCACCACACUCACAGAAUUACCGUCCUUACUCUGGGUGAUGAAUUUGAGUUUUCAUCCCAAAGCUCUUUUCUAGAUUCCAGGAUCAGAUUUUGAUUUGUAUGUACUAAUGAUUUUACAGUUCUAUAGCCUACGGUAGGUGAUUGAAGAUCAGUCCACCUAGUUCUCUCUUCUUGCUGUUUCUGUCAUUUUGUUUGAUGAAAUGGCAAUGUUGCACCUCUUUCAGCACAACUGAUGAAACCGAAGAAUCUUUGUCCAACACUUUUGCAAACACGUGGGGAAUUAUUGUGGGGUUUUCAGUGUUUAUGAUCAGAUCAUUAUGACCUAAUAUGUGGAAUACUUUGUUUUAAUAGUGGUAGAGAAACAUCUCAUCACAGUCAAUAUCUUCUGUAAAUAAAGACUUUAUUUUUAAGUC